AGAUCAUCCCUCGCUUGACUCCGCCAUCUUGAAUUUGGUUCGACGUUUGAAGAGAAUUGAACUCUUGAGAAAGAACUAUUGCUCACUUGGCCUGAAAAUGUUUGCUGAUACUAUCCUUAUCUUAUUUAUUUCAGUAGCUACUGCUCUUCUUUCUGAAGGUAUGUGAAGCUUUUAUCCACAAAAUUAAAAGGUUGCUAGCUAAUUUUUGCUUUAGCAUGGAAAGUUUUUCCAGGGCAUUACAAAUCGAUAAUUUUGAUACUCCAUAAAAAUCGAUAGUAAUCGAUAAAAUCAAUAUUAAUCAAUCGACAAAUAUCGAAAAUCGUUAAAAAUCGAUCACACUCAUUCUUGUGAUUAUCAAUUAUCGUCGAUUUCUGUUCGAUUUGUAUCGAUUUCAUCGAUUGGGCUAUUGCUUCUGAAGACUUCCAUAAAAUAUGGUUUUACCCCGAAGAAUUAGGUCAUCCCCUGAAGAAUUUCUUGAAAAUUAAGGCUUCACCCCCAAAGAAUUUUACUCUACCCCUAAUUCCAUGGUUCCUCAAUUGGGGAGAGGGGGGUGCAGAUAUAAAAUGCAAGAGCCUAUUGUACCGAUUUGAAUAAAAAAGUAUCGAAACAUUUAGAGCUUUGUAUUUUGAAGCUCAAACAUUACGUAGCGGCAGUUAGUGAGCUGAUUCAAUGGAAUCCCUGUAGUUUCUAAUUUCUUUUGACCUCUUUCAAGAACCUCUACUAACAAUGUAGCACCCGGCUACUUUCAUAGGAAAAUAGAAGAAAAAUAGAACCAAAAGAAAUCUAGCCUGCGUAGCUGGCGGUAUUGUGUGGGUGCGAGAUUAAAGUUUUGGCGGUGGCGCCGUAUUCCAAAAAAAGGGAGUAGGGACGAGGCGGUUGAAAUACUGCCUGCCAGAAAACCCCGGUAUUUUGAAUAGUCCGCACACCAGUGUUCGGAGAAACGGAUUGGUCGAGGGCCAUACAUUUGUCAAUCACGUUAGAUGAUCCUUCGCAUAUAUUUCCCAAUUAAGGGAGCAGAUAGCAAACUGGAAAAGACGUACGUGAUUGUUGCUUCCCCUCUAAAAAGAGCAUAACUGAUGACCAAGUUGCCGAAAUGGCAUCUUUAAACUUCACAGCGCUGGAAUUGGCUUUAUUUAGCCACAAGAAACAACUGCAUCUGAGAUCAAAUUCUAUCAGGAACACCUACAGAAGAAUAAACCACAGGAAAUGGUUACUCAGUAUGCAUGUAACAAACCAGCUUCAUGACCUUUUAAUGUUAAGCCUAGUUUGGCAAAAAAAGGUUUACUCAGUCAAAGUUUAGAAUGAUCCAUGCACUGUGUAGUGCUAGUAACCUUCACAUGAGAGCCGAGAAAAUAAAAAACCUCUGUUCAAGCAAACUCACAAGGUCACGUUUCACAUUAUCACGAGCUUAGGAGUCGUGUUUAGCCUGUCAAAACGUAUUUCUAAACUGUCUUGUGCGAAAAUAAUAGGAAGUUUCAAAUUGCAGGUUUCUCUCUGAUUGGCUGAUUUAAUUGGGAUCGGCUAAGGUGACAAAAGUGGGCGGCAUUCGAAAAAUCACGGUUCUCUGGCAGGCAGUAUUUGUUGCGGCUUUGCCGCUUGUGACGGCUCCACUGUCAAAUCUCACCCGACUAUAUUACAACGGCUCCGCUGCUAAAUCUCACUCGACUACUACACAAUGCCGUCAGCUACGCAGGCUGAAAGAAAUCCUAAUUGUUUGAUUCCCCACCUAUAGUACUUGUUGUAUUUAUGGGGAAACUUGAAAUCUUAGUGACAGCUCCGGGAAUGACGACUUAAACACAGUCUGAAAGUAACAGAAUUUUACUGUUAAACAAUAAUCAGAAUCUGGCAGAACACAAUACCACACGAUGCAAAUCACGUGCAAUCUUACCUCAAUCUAAAGCUUUAUAAAAAAGAAAUUACAAUCGUUUGAUUAGAACCAUAAAUGUCGUGAUAAAUGCAAAAUAUUCACCUACUUCUGUCUACGCUUUCUUGCUUAUCCUGGCCUACAUUGUAUGUUAAGAACUUUAUCAUAACAAAAAAGAAACUCUGUUGAACUCAGUGCAGCAAGCCUGUCAUGCAGGCUAAGUAAAAACAGAUAAGGACGGGGAGGCAGGGACAUGUGACCCGAUGUGACAAAUCUUGUGCUGGCAAUCCCUGUAUGGCUUACAACUGGAGUUGUAAGCCUUGAUAAACCUUGUUUAAACUAAUAGUGCACAAUCGUAACCACACUCCGCCCCUGGCGUGAACAUACAUGUACAAUAUAUUUUACCUUCAUGUAAGAAAUAGAUAAUGGUACUCUGUUUAAAAAAGUUAUUGAUUUUGUCUUAACGUUGUACAUGUAACCCUGACUUUCCAUUUUCAUUGUUAUUACUAUUCUUUUCCCAAGGAAUUACCUAUUUGCUAGUGUACAGAACAGAUAAGUACAAAAAGUUAACUGCAGAGGUGGAGAAGGACAGUAAGAGAUGUAAGUCACACUUUGUGUUAUUUUUUCCUUGUUUACUUGUAAAUUCAUAUAGGGGUUCAGUUGAAUUCUGGUUGGUAAGGUUUAGAAAGGCUUAAAAAAUAUGCAAGCAGCAUUAAAAAAGCUCCAAACCUUCAAGUUACCCAGCCUUAGAGUUAUGUGCAAAACCAAGACUUCUUUGUUUGUUGUAAGAACAGUAGUUUACGUCAUAUUGUUUGCGCAUGUAUUUAGUACUUCUGUGACUGUGGGUAUCAAAGACAUUUUGGGGUUGGCUGUAGGCCAACAUGUUUUUUGCUGAAGGCGGCUUGAGCGAUAAAAAUCUCUGGUACUCAGACUACCGGUAAUAGAGUUCUAAAGUGAUGACGUCAUAAAAAUUAGAUUUUUGAAAUUAUGGGAUCUGUUGGGAUAUUUUCAAAGAACAUCAUCCAAAAGGCCUACACGUGUACUUGCCAAGAAUUUGCAUUCCAUGGCAAAUUGUCUUGGGAGAUACAUGUAUGAGUCCCAUUUUGCCCUGAUGACUCCAUGCCAAACCUUCUAAAUUUGACCUGGUUCCUAUAAGUGUUAUGAACUGAGUCAAACUUAGAAAGAUUUGUAUGGAGUUAUCAGAGCAUAACUGGGCUAAUAUCUCAAAGGCAAUUUGCACUGGAAUGCUAAUUUUUGGAAAGUGGGCCUUUUGGAUGUUGUUCUUUCACAAUACCCCCAAAAAUCGCAUAAUUUCACAAAUUGAUUUCUUAUGAUGUCACUCUUUAGGACUCUAUAGAAGUGCUUGUAUAGUAUUUCCCAUAAGGGAACGCGUCCAAAUAUCGGUAGGGAACCCGAUCAUGGGAAACGGACCCGAUUAAUUUUCCGAUUGAUCGGAAUCGGUACCGAUCUGUAGGUACCAGUUGCCGUUUCCGAUUACGAUAAAAACUCUGCCGAUUCAAUCGGAGCCGGUUGACAUUCCGAUGUUCAUAUGUGUCAUCGUCAUAUUAUUUUAUCUGAUAUGUAAAAUGAAGCGUGUCACGAAACCAAAUAAUGAAAGAGUCGUUUCACUCCAAAGUAAUUUCAAUCGACUGUACCUUUUUCCUACUCCAUAACAAAUAGCAAUAUUGUAUGUUCCUGCAUGUUGUGUUUCGAGUUUGUUGAUUUGAUGCGUGCCUAUACACGUGAUUUUCGGCGUUUUGCAGAGGUAUUUCCUUCAGUCGAUCGCAAACACCACGCUGCUCCAUAACAUUUAUUCUAUGAAAAUUAGAAGGGGUUAAAUAUUACGACGCAAAACACCACUGUUCUUCGUUGAUACAUAGCAAACAAAACAGCUUACUGAGUAGUGUGUUCUUCACUCGAUACUUUCUAACAAUGCAAUCCAAAAACACAACCGGAACUCACUUUCUCGAAACACAGCUGGAUUCAUAGACUUGUUACUAGUAGACCUCAACGGAUUUCCUAGCGAGCGGAGCGAGAGCAAAACCAUGGAUAAUAUAAAACCACGGGAUAAACUUUUACGACAAUUUGCGUCUUUCAUUCAACGAUCCUAAACGCAAGGUGUAAUGCGAUCUGAGGCAAAAAAUACCGACCAAUUAGAUUGCGGCCUCAGAUUGUCUCCAGGGAAUUAGCAACAAGAACUGAAAGAUUCCCACACUCGCGAGUCACUCACGGAAGACACAGAACGAAGUUUCAUACAGGAGCUACCAAAGAGAGAAUGGCUUAGCGACUUUGCUGUAUGUUCUGUGAGCUUGAGCAUGGUGCCACAUAAAAUUGCUUUCCACUCUCAGCACUUAGAAAAAUUUGCGCUUGACUCUAGGUGGCUGACUGUUUGACAAAAAUCAGAACCUAUUUUACCGGAGUGUUCAACUAAAGCAAACUGGCAUACAUCCGGUAAGUUCGACUCAAUUUAAUAGCGGAAAGACAAUCGAGAAAGAGAAAACCAGUUGAACGCCUCCAUCAGUCACUUUUUUGAGUUCAUAUGCAACCAAUAAACAACUUGCAGCCUGAUUCUCAGACGAUGUCCUCUUCUCCCCUGUGUCAAUUUAGCAGUUAAAGUACACAACAUGGUAACAACAUUUGCAUUUUGGUCGUGGAUGUUCUGACUUCUAUUUUUUUCGUUUACAAUCCUAAACUGUUUAUUCCUCCCAAGAUUCCUAUAAUCAUGCGUUUUGGGUUCCAGUUAGCACAGGCUCAAGCUAUUUUAAAAUUAUCAUUUUUUAAAAUUAUCACAUCGUACACUUGCAAUGUACAUUGCGCCGUCUUUCACUCAAAAGAUGCCUGGUGUUUCUUCUCGUGCCCAUUUUGAUACACAAAUUUAAUAUUUUCUGGUCGUACUCUGUCAUAGGAAAUACAAACAAAUGUUCGAAACUGUGACGUUAAAUUUCGGUUCAAACAAGACGCAUUUAUAAGAAAGAUAAGGUUAUAAAAAACAACAUUCACGCUUUUGCUUUUGCUUUUGUGACGGUUAUUUGAGCUGCUAGAUAUUUUUGAUGACCUUUGUUAAUUGGCCCGAUAAAGACUUGAGACCCGUUGCCGACUCCGUUUCAUUCGGUACCGAUAAAAUCGGAUCCGACCUUCAACAGAAUCGGAAAAAAUCGGUGCCCAAUUGAUCGGCAUCGGCGUGACCCGAUGCCGAUAUUUGGACGCGUUCCCUAAAUAUGUACAUGUAGGAAUUCCAUUCCAAAGGGAGAUAAAUGGCAGAGUGCAGGUGGAAUACAUAUACACUGUACAUGUACGGUCAACUCCCGAUAACUCGAACCUUGCACUAAAAAUUCAUUUUCCCUUGCAUUUCCUUCAUACAUUUGUAGCAGUUUUUCUCUUAAAACAACUGUGUAUUCUCUCUUAAGCUUCUUUACUUUUUUUCGGUCCAAAAGGGCUUCAAGUGUCCCUCUAUUUCCUAUAUUUCCUUUAUUUUAAAACUUUCCCUAUUAUUUCCCUAUUUAGUUUGUAAAUGUCCUAUAAUCCCUAUAAUUCCAUCAGAAAAUAAAAACAUACAGAAAUUCAUGAACUUCUGGUGGUGGAAUAUGACAAAGACAGUGAAUUUUUCAGCCCAUCCAAGACCAAAACUGGUAAUAGUUAUUUUAUUAGUGCAUGUAAAUGUACUUUAUUUGAUGCUGCUGUCAGUAGUGAUCUUUAUCCAGAUAUUGUCCAGAUUUUAGAAGGAGUAUGCACCAACUUUGUGUGCACUCAUUUUUCAAACAGAAGAGAAUUGAAAUUCACACUUGACAAUUGGUUGCUUUUUUUAAAAGUAACCAGUAGGAAAAUAAGAAUUUCCAAUCUGUGAUGGGCUAUCUCUAAUAAUCUACAAGGUCAUUAAAGCUCAGUCUGAUAGAACAACUGCACCAUUCUCACCACAAGACUAUUAUUUUGCUUCGAUAAUUGCAACUGAAAACAAAGCCAACCCUGCAACUGAUAAGGUUUACAUAGACAACCGAAACCAUGGUCUUGCUUGAUCAGAAAGUGGCAUUUACUAUUAACUGAACAGUUGGAAGCUGUAAAGCUAUAAAAUUCAAAAGUAUUGCCAAUUUAGGAGCUACAUAAAAUUGUGCUCCACUCGAAAGACUCGCAUUAUCUACAAAAAAGUGGAGGAUAUGAGUCAUUAAGUUUCUUCAUAGUUGGUUAGUUGGCAUAACUUCGAGUUUAAGCUAUAAUUCCUUCUUUUAAAUGCGGACCUGUAGAUCACUCUUCAUGAGAAUUCUUCAACCUGCAAGCAUCUCACCAGAAAUCAAUAUCUUUAAUACAGACCAGUUUCAUGUUCUCUUAAUGUGAGAGAAACUCCACAGCAUCAGCUACCCACCAGGAAGUAAACAGAAGGUUAAAGUUGUGUAGGCCCACUAAUUUCACUGUUGCACAUUGAAAAAAUUCUAACCAUUGCAAAACACGAUAACAGUAUUUUCACUGUACUUUUUCAGGGUCGGUGUGUGUGUGUUAACCUAGGUACAUUUUUUUGCCUGCUCAAAGUUAGUGACCUUAAUCUGUAUAAGUGUCCACAAUGUUGAACUAAAAUUUAUUAUGUUCCUUACCUUCUGCAGAGUUGCAAAACUGGCAAUUGGAUUAUGCUUUUAAAAAUGCUUAUAUUUUCCCUAUUAUUUUACCAUUUUCCCCAAAUUGACCCUAAAUUUUUAAAAAUUGCCUCUGUAUUAAGCCCUAUAUUUUUGCUUGAAGCCACUUGAAGCCCUGGUCCAAUUCAAAUACAAUGUUUACUGCUUUACUGAUUGAUCAAGGUUUUUUGCUUUUAUUUUUUUCAAUAUCAAUAUAUAUGUUGUGGUCAAUUUUUUCCUCUGGUUAUUUUAAUUUUUCUUUUGUUUCAACUUCAUUAGCAUCAUUUCCAUACCCAAAACAAAAGAAAAACUAAAAUUACCUAAGAUAAAAAAUUAACUAAAACAUAUAUCUUGCUGGCCUUGAAGUGAAUUGUACUUGAUACUUGCAUUCCUCCCCUAUGCCAUUUCCUAACUUGUGUUUUUUUGCUUCAAAUUCCCGUUGACUUGAACUGUUUUUGAAUUCCUUGGAAGGCUCAAGUUAUCAAGAGUCAAUUUUAUGUGUAGAAUCCUCGACUUUAAUUACAGUGUUGUUUACUUGAUCAGUGUUAGUGAACAUUGUUCUUUUUGGCUGUGAAAAUAAGUUAAUUGUUAUUACUUUUCUUAGUGGAGAAAAGAAAAGAAACUAUAUCAGAUCUUCCAAGACAAGGUGGACAGAAAAAGAAAAUGGGUAAGCGCUAUUUAUUGCAAUACAAGUAUUUUAAAUAUAUUAUGUGAUAAACCUUUUCUGAAGCUGUCACACAUGUACCAUGUAUCAUGGGGGAACAGUGGAGUGGUUGCCGCUAGACUUUUUUAUAAGUGAUGUUUAUACUGAGUUGUGUGUACACUGUACUCACCUGUACCCCCUUGGGGUUUGGGAAGGGGGAGAGUGGAGGGUGGACCGGAGAGGGUUGGAAAUUGUCCUACAAUGCAGUCAUGUACAGAAACCUGUGACCAGGGUGCAAAGAAAAUCUCUUUUACAGCUUGUCAUUCGGGCAAGCUGAAGCUAGCAUUUACUAGCCCAGACGUCAUUUCAACUAGCCCCAAAAACGUUUUGACUAGCAGAAUUGAUUAACAGUUCUUCUGUUAUUUGAAUUCCCAAAAAAUGUCACUUGCCCGUUGGGUAAUUUAAAAACAGAAUUCACUAGCCCGAUAGGAAAAUCCACUAGCCCCAGGCUAUCGGACACUACUUUCUUUGCACACUGCUUGUGACCCACAUAAGAUUUUGCUGUGUGCAUAUCAUGUUGGUCUUGAGUCAGUUGUGUGUCCAAACCAGUGAUUUUGGUACAAAAUUUUAAUACUGUAUUUAUUUAGCUAUAAGCCAAGUGAUUUUUACCCAAAUUAGAGCUACAUGUAAUGUUCAGUGAAAUUUGAGCCCAAGAGGGAGUCUUGGCUUGUAGCCAAGAGUUUUUUAAAAAAAUAUUUUUCAGUGCAUUAAACCUCCACUAAAUGGAUAUGUAUUCACUUAUAAGCUGAGCAAAUAGCAGCAAAAUGUUGAAUCAAUGCCGUUAAAAGCGUUAAUCAAACUGUUAAAAUGUUUUGAAAAGCUGUUAACAAGCAGGUCAUCAGCCGUUAUUUUUUGCCCGUUUAACGGAAAAGUGUUAGUGUAUGUUUGCCUGGAGAAGGUCACACUUUAAUGUUUUACUGUAGUAAAAAGUCUUGUAACAAAUGGGUCUCGGCUUAUAGCGGCAUGUUUGCGAUUUAUUUUUCACUCCUGGUUAUGCUGAUUCUACACAUUUAAAGUUUAGGGUCUCAGCGUAUAAUAGCCAAGAUCAGCUUAUGGCCAAAUAAAUACGGUAGUUAUGGUGAGUCCUCAGACUCAUCUUGAGAAAAAUCAUGAGUACCAGUCCGGAACCACUGAGUCCCAGUUCAAAAUUAUGAGUGUCUGGGUCUUUAUGUAACCACGGAGUUAUCUGAAGACAGACUCCAAAACUCUGUAUACUCCUUCUAUUGUCAACACAACAAGACUAAAAGAAAUAUGUGUUGUUAAACAACAGCCAGAAGAACAACCACAGAAAUCACAUGAACAGGAUAUUCACCAAAAACAAUUUCAGUUCAGCCAUAAAUUAUAUGCUUCUCUGGGGAUUUUUAUGCAUCAGGAAAGUAGGAUGCAGGAUGCAGAGGUAACAGAAUCACUGCCAAGCAAAUGUCUGAUUUACGUGUUUUGUUUUUCUUAUUUUCUGUUUGUUAGAAAGAGUUGAAGAAAAGCUGAAAAACCACAACAGAGAUCUCUCAAUGGUAAAAUAAUAAUGAGCAUAAGAUCCUCCAGCAACAAUCUUUUACUCUGUAGUGUGUCAGUAGAAUCUGCCACACAUAAAAAUCAAUGAUUGACUUUAAUAUUCCAGUUGUGCAUGAAAAUGCUUUUGAAUCAAACUGUACUAUUUCAAGGUAGCAUUAGUUGGGAAUGUAACUAUUGCUUUGUUACAAUAAAAAUUUUAAAAAAGUAAAAAAAAAAUGAAUCAAAAAAUGCCAAUGUUAUGUUGUUGUUGUUGUUAUUAUUAUUAUUAUUAUUGUUGUUGUUGUUGUUAUUUUCAUUUGGCAGUGUAUUUAUGUGUACUGUCAUACACGUAACUUGAAAUAAUACUAAUGCCUGAACAUUAUUUCCUGCUUAGGUUAAAAUGAAGUCCAUAUUUGCUAUUGGCUUUACUUUUACUGCCCUUAUUGGCAUGUUUAACUCCAUGUAAGUGCCUACACUGUAGUGUAGUUUACCCUUCUUUAUGUCAAACCUGCAGGGUGCAAAGAAAGUCAGUUUCACAGCCUGCAAUUCAGGCAAGCUGUAGCAAGUACUAGCCCACAAGUCAUUUCAACCAGCCCCAAAACACUUCUUGAUUAGCAGGAUUGAUUACCAUCCUUCUGUAAUUUGAAUUUCGCCAAAAAACAGCACUUUCCCAUCGGGCAAAUUAAGAACAAAAAUCACUAGCCCGAUAGCAAAAUCCACUAGCCCCGGGCUAUCAGACAUGACUUUCUUUGCACGCUGAACCUGAUAAUAACAUACAUUAAUUUGUAAGACUACAGUACAUGUUUUUUUUAACGGCUUCAAAAACCGUGAUUUAGAUCAACUCAUUUUUGGACUAAUAUUUAGAUUUGGGGUUAUUUUGGUCUAAAAAAUUGGAAGUAAAGUUUUGCUGUGUCUUUAUCACAUAUGAAGACACUUCAUAAUUAUUAAUGAGUUUUAGUUUUCUAUAGUUCGUUAGCCUUUUAAGCCCUGAGAGUGAUCAAAGAAUUAAUAACGAGAUCACACAAGAUGAAUUUGAUUGAUAUUUUGAUAACUUCUCCCUGAUACGGUGGUUCCAAAGGCAAUGUACAUGUACAUGUAUAGGGGCAGUAAAUGACAAUUUCAAUUUUGAUAUUCGGGAUUAAAGGGUCAAUGCCAUUUGUACCUCUUAUGGUGCAAUAUUAUUAUUAUCUGAAUUAGUACUAUAUUUUUUUAUUGCACCAUUUUUUUUAACAUACCGGUAUAUAAAAUGGAAAUUCUUUCUGCUAAUGUUUCUCUAUACAGUUUUGAUGGCAGAGUAGUGGCAAAGCUACCGUUUGUUCCUCACUCAUGGAUUCAGGGAUUAUCUCACCGGAAUUUGAUGGGUACAGAUUUCACUGACUGCUCCUUUAUUUUCCUCUACAUUCUCUGUACCAUGUCUGUUAGACAGGUAUGUGAUGUGUUUUUAUCUAAAACAUCACUUCAGUGACAUGUAUCUAUUGUGUAUGAUCAAAUAACAAUACAGGGCUGUCACUAAGGGCCCAGGGGGGCCAAAGAUUUUCCCCGGCUACUACAUGUAUGAGCAUGACCCCCGGCUACUUUCAAGUUCAAGUUCAGUUUAUUCACACUUUUCAAAAAAAGUACAUCCAUACAAUAAUAAUACAUGUAGGAACUAAAGAGAAGGAAAUCAGAGCUGGUAUACAAUAAAUAUUACAUUGGAAAAGUGUGUAGUGGCCAAAGGGGUACAGCUUUCGAGUUGGCCACUACCAUGGUGCAGUUACUAAUAGGAGGCGGUUUCAUUUGCCUUGCUGGUAGGGCUGAAAAUAACGGCCAGUCAACGGACAAUGUCUGGCCAAGAUGACCAUUUUUUACUGGACAAACUUUCGGUUUCCUGGUCGUUUUGACCAAACACGGAAAUACUUGUAACCGGCCUGAAAUAAAAUUCACACUAUUACGUUUCAAUAGGACAAGCAUCUUUUUUCACUUUAUUUUUCUGCUUGGUAAGCUAAUGCGUUCAAGUUUAAUCAUUAUCAUGUUACACAUUGUAUAUUAAACAGUUUGACUGGUCAGAGCAGAGCCUUGACCGAGCUCAAUUUCUUUGGCCGGUCAACACGACCUACAACAGUCCACUUUCCACUAACAUGUCUGCUCCGAUAUAUUACGCUGUAAACCAGUUAUUAAGUAAACCUGUAUCAAGUGGACAGUUACUAAAGUCCUACAAAUUCUUUCCCUUAAUGGUCAACCAACGUGAUGGUCUUACUUGUAGAAAAUAAACUUCUCCACGUCACUGUCUUUUUUUCUAGAUCUGUGUUUAACUUCCUAAACCUGUCAACUUUUAAAGCUAAGGCUAACUCAUAGUAGCCAUUCCUUGUGUGACACAGAUUAGUGUAAAUCACUGACCCGCUGCUAACAUGUCGUCGUCAAAACUUACAUGCAAUAUGUGCAUUUAGCAAAAUCUCACGUUUUACCAUUGCUAGUUUUCAUCCUGAAAUAAAUAUUUAGUUAUCAGAAGUUAAAUGUGUGUUCAAAAAGAGACAGGUAACAAAAUGUUUGUCUUAUGUUUUUAUUCCACAGAAUAUUCAGAAGAUGUUAGGUUUUGCACCUUCCAGGGCAGCAAGCAAGGUUGGCGGUCUUCUUGCUCCACCUCAAGGAGCUAAAUAAACUGGAAAGGAAAGAUAUCGUGCUGUCAUUGCAUGCAGCCAGCUGCUCAUAAUAUGCUGUUCUUGACUUGUUCGUUAAAAUUCAGUUGACUACUGUACGAUUUCAAGAGAGGAUAAAGCUGAUGACGAUUUACAGUGGCAUUCCAUCAGUGACAUAUCUUUAGGCUUUGCUUCUGGAAAUCAAUAAUAAGAGUUAACCCUUUCACUUCUAAGGGAGUUCGCCACAAGAGGGACAAACUUUCUCCUGUAGAGUUCUCAUAUGAAUAUGCAUGCAAAAGAAAUGUCCAGCUACUAUGUUCCAUCAUCAUUUACCUUAGCUAUUUUCACACUAUACCGGAUACAUAGAGCUCUUGCGCCGGCACGAAAACCAUACAUAAGAAAUGUGAUUGCUGUGCGGUUUCUAUAACUGACCGAAGGUUCUGUCCACACUCUUAGUUCAGUUGGGGCAGUGUGAAUUGUAUGAACAGGUACCGCUCGGACCGAAGCGGAAGUGAAUAAAUACGAUCUACUGAGACGGAAAUAAAUAUUCAGCAGUGGCAUUUAGUUCACCAUACCCUCUCGGCCAACCGCCCCCGGGCCGGCCGGCCGGCACCAUGUUGGAUGUGUGUGAAGGUUGCUAUACGGUAUAGUGCCAGGGACAUAGCCUUAACACAGACCUGUUUUUUCUCCUUGCAUGUGUCAUCAUACUAAGUAUUUUGUGUAUUAGUUAUAAGAUAUAAUAUUGGCAUAAAAAGAACGUUCUCUAAAAAUUAGAACCAGAUUAUAAACUCUUGAUACGAAAUUAAUAGUUAACUUCAUUCUCUUUGAUAAUUUUGAUUAGGGAGUUUUAGCAACGACCUAGUGACGGCAACAAGAACGGUAAAAGUGCAAAAGAUUCAUUUAUUUUACAACUUUGCACGUGCAUUAAUUUUUGUUUGUACUUUUGUUUUCGUCGUCACAGCACGACUACGACCACCCUGGUUACCAGAGGUCUCUCUCGCGUGCGGCGGGAAUUUUCGGUGUUGGCCGAAGGCUUUUCGCGCGGGUCACUGUAAAGACUUGACAGAAACCGGAAACCGCGCUAGAAAAGUGUCUGGCACUCAGGGUAGACUACAACGUGAAAGUGCCUAAUUUCUCUUUUUAUGGAAGACGCAAACAAGCGACGACGCAUUUUCUUUCUUAGGAAUCAACUCUAGCUAGCGGUUGUACGUUUGUCUUAAGGUUCGUCGUCUGAGUUGAAUGAUGUGUUUUGUUUCUUCCCAAACAUACCCCUCGUGCUGAAACGUAGCCUGUAAACAGACGUUGUUUUAUUUUUCUUUUCGUUCUUUUCAAAAACAUCGGCGAGCUCACAAGCGAAGCGAGCGCGGAGCGCGAGAAAGAAAAAUAAAGACUACCCCCUUGCGCUGGAGGUCAAUAAAUCACUUGCGGG